AAUGAGUUCUAAUGGUAGUGCUUUGAAGGGAUCAGGUAAAAAUAAAUUAUCAAUCAAAUAGCAUAUCCUGAUAUGGCUAAACAGAUAUUGGCAUAAAAAUUAGCAUAACAAAUAGUAAACUAAAUAGUUUCAGAUGAUGUUAUUGAUGAUAAAAUUGAAGAGGAAGAAAAUUAAAGCAAAGAGCCUACAUGUUGUUAAAUGUUUUGUGCUCCAUUUACUUUGAAAUAUUAUUAACCAUUCUUUAACGAUUUGACAACAAAAGUUAUAGCAUAAAAAUUAUGGGCAUCCUUUUUUCCAUUUAAAGCAACCUUCUUUGAAAUUUAAGAUGGAAAAGCAGAUUUAUAUGGACCAGUUUGGAUUUAUGCUACUUUAGUAUUUGCUGUAGCUGCUGCAGGUAAUAUUUCAGGUUAUUUGGCAACUCCAAGCAAUAUUGCAUUCCAUUAUAAUUUUGAUUUUAUACCUACUGCAUCAUCUUUAUUAUUUGGAAUAGCAUUUUUAGUACCAUUUGCAAUAUAUAUGGUUAUGAAAAUGUUGGGAGGCAGACAUUUACAUUUAACAUCAGUUAUUUGUAUUUAUGCAUAUGCUUAAACUUGUAUAAUACCUGUAUGUAUUGUAUGUUCAAUACCAAAUCCAUAAUUAUAGUGGGGAGCAUUGAUUUAUGCAAUGAUUAAUUCAUCUUUGUUUUUGAUUGUUAAUUAUUGGGGGUAUAUAUAUAUAUAUAAAUAACUAUUAGAGAAUUGGAAAAGAAUAUACAAGCAAAGAAACAUAUUGUUAUAUGGUUGAUUGCUGGAUGUUAAGUGGUGUUGUUAUUAUUAUUCAAAAUGUACUUUUUCUUGUAUGUAUACACAAAUCCUUAUACUGGAUCAAGAUUUGAUUAACUCACAAAGAUAGUAAAUAAAUAUAUUUAAUUUAGGAUCAUAAUGAUCACUUCUUUUUACAUCAUCAUAAAAAUUGA